AUGUGUGGAAAUAAAAUGUUAGAUAUUUUUGAGUCAGAAGAAGUAGAUGAUGAAGAAAUAUUAAAAGGAAAAGAAUUAGUUAUGGUAUUUUUUGUGGCAUUUAUUUUGUUUUUAUUAUUGACAAUAUCAUAUGAAAUGAUUAUACAUUUACCGUAUCAACUACAUCCUCAAAAACAUUUACAUCAUUUAAUUAAUAAUUUUUAA